ACAAAAAGAAAGUGAGAAAAUUUAAUGGGGUCAUCCCAAAAAAGAAAGUCUUUUUAAAAAUUAAUAAAGAAAAAGGAAAGAUUUUUAAGCUAUGAUGAAAUAUAAAUAACUGUGAAAAUUCAUGAAAGUACUGUUUUUGUAAUUUGUCCCUUCACAUUUCUUUAAUUCUUUGGUUGUUCCAACUUCAGUUUUUGCGCAGGUAAUACACAAUAUUUCAACCGUUCUUCUUUCUCUCUCUUCAACUUUUGCACGUUUCAUUUCAUUGGCUUGCUAAAAUUGGGUAUAAUUGAAAUUGGUGAGAUGGGGAGGUUGUUUGUGGUGCAUUUGGAAGGGAAGAUCUAUAGUUGCAAGCACUGUAGGACCCAUCUUGCUGUCAGUGAAGAUAUUGUUUCUAAGGUGCUAAAAGGAAAAAAAUUUGAUGUAAUCCAUUAUCUGACAACAGCUUUACAUGUGUUGAUUCAGUCUUUUCAUAGCAGGCAUGGAAAGGCUUAUCUCUUCAACAGGGUUGUCAAUGUUACUCUUGGAGAGAAAGAAGAUAGAUUGAUGAUGACUGGGAUGCAUAGCGUGGCUGAUAUUUUCUGUGUCGGAUGUGGAUCAAUUGUGGGAUGGAAAUAUGAGACUGCCCAUGAAAAGAGCCAGAAGUACAAAGAAGGAAAAUCUGUUCUUGAGCGGUAUAAGGUGUUUGGCCCUGAUGGUAGCAACUAUUGGGUCACUCAUGAAGCACAUGUUGGCAGUAGUGAUGCUGAUGAUGUUUGAUACAUUGCAUGAAAAAUAGAUGGCUGAUUGCCUCUUAUUCUCUAAUUGUACAUAAUUUAACCCCCAAAAACCUUUCAAUUGCACUUGUGGAUUCCCAAAAUUGUUUGCUUAUCAACUUGGCUGUCUUUAUGGUUGGCCACAUUGACAUAAUUGGGAACCCUCCAUUGUUUCUGAAUUUAUGUACCAUGUAUUCUGUUUAAACUGUCUUUGUAAAUUAUCUCAAAUUCUCAAUGUUAAGCAAUUACUUCAAACUAUGUGUUUCUUUGUACUUUCUAUCAAACGAUUGGAUUUGGCUCA